AUGCUCGUCGUAGGCCUGACCGGCGGGAUCGCCACCGGCAAAUCCACCGUCUCAAACCUCCUGCGGGAACACAGCCUCCCCGUCAUCGACGCCGACAUCCUCGCGCGGCAGGUCGUGCAGCCGGGCACGCCCGCGCUCGCGCAGAUCGUCGCGACGUUCGGCGCGGACGUGUUGCAGGCCGACGGCACGCUCGACCGCGCGAAGCUCGGCGCGAUCGUGUUCGCGGACGAGGCGCAGCGCCGCAGGCUCAACGCGAUCGUGCACCCCGCCGUGCGCCGCGCGAUGCUCUGGGGCGUGCUGCGCUGCUGGUGGCGCGGCGCGCGCAUCUGCGUGCUGGACGUGCCGCUGCUCAUCGAGGGCGGCCUGUGGAAGUUCGUCGGCGCGGUCGCCGUCGUGUACUGCUCGCCCGAGAUCCAGCUGCAGAGGCUGAUGGCGCGGGACGGGUCCGCGCGCGAGGACGCGCAGGCGCGGCUGAACGCGCAGCUGCCCAUCUCGGAGAAGGUGGAGUACGCCGAUUACGUGGUGGACAACUCGGGCUCGGUCCAGGACCUCAAGGGGCAGAUCGAGGGCUUCGUCGCGAAGCUGCGGCGGCGGGCGGGGUGGUCGUGGAGGCUCAGCUGGCUCUUUCCCCCGUGGGGUCUGUUGUCUGCUGCGUGGAUGCUUGGGUGGAGGUCGGUUGCGUGGUCGAGGAGGGGCAGUAACCGCAAGACGACGGGCCGGACAUAG